AUGGCCUCCAUAGGUUCGUUGUGGCUUGGCAUGAGUCUGCAAAGGGCAAAGUUCAGCAGGAAUUUGGGAGAAUGUGGCAGAGAGAGAGAUGAAGGGAGAGAGUUGGAGAAAGAGAAGCUGCCAACGCCCACAGUCAUGUCCUCAAACAGCUACCUAUUGCAGAGAUUUUUACUGAAGCUGAUUUUUGCCUCAGAGAAGAACAAUAAAGAUGUUCAAAAUCACCCAAGAAAAGAUUCUGGGACAUCUGAGAGCGCCCGGGGUGGUGGAGGACGAGUGAGACCGUACCCUUCACCAUCCCGCAGGAGACACCGAACUACCUUCAGCAACGAGCAGCUGGAACAGCUGGAGCUAGCUUUCAGACAGAACCACUAUCCUGAUAUCUACUACAGAGAGGAGCUCGCCAGAGCCACCAAACUCAAUGAGGCUCGCAUACAGGUGUGGUUUCAGAACCGGCGUGCCAAGCAGCGCAAGCAGGAUCGUGUCUCUCAGAAAGUGCUGCCGGUGGGCAUGAUGCCAGGGCGAGGGCCUCUCUUCAGCAGCAUGUGCGUGCCUUCCUCCGCCAUGAGCCGCCAGUACCAGUGCCCUCAUUCACUGCCGCAUAUCCCCCGAUUCUCAUCAGUGCUGCCUCUUGAAGGAUACCCACCCCAGCCGUCCUCCGGCUCUGCUCCAUCAUCACACGCCUCCAGACAGCCUGAUGACUGGUAUCUGCGCAGCAUCGGACCAGCCACCACUUCAGUGCUCUCCCUGGCCUCAGUGUCCACACUGGAAACCACUGGUCACUGGAACUAGAGCAAGUGCUGUUUUAC